CGGCCGUUGGGCGGGGCCCGGGAGAUGCAGGGCCUCGGGGUGGAGGCGCCGGUUCCGCCUGGAAGCCGUCGUCAUGGUGUCCCCCGUGGUGUACCUGGUGGCGGCGGCUCUGCUUGUCGGCCUUAUCGUUUUCCUUACUCGCAGCCGGGGCCGGACGACAGCAGCUGGCCAAGAACCAUUGCACAAUGAGGAGCAGCCGGUAGUAACAGGCUCAGGGGCCCAGCCUCGGCCCCUGGAACCUGAGGAGCAGAGAGUCGGGGGCAGGCCCCGGCGCCGGAGAGACCUGGGCAGUCGCCUGCAGGCCCAGCGUCGAGCCCAGCGUGUCGCCUGGGCAGAAGUGGAUGAGAAUGAGGAGGAGGCCAUCAUUCCAGCCCGGGAGGAAGAAGGUAUCGAGAAGCCGGUGGAAAGUCACCUGUCAGGGAAAAUUGGAGCCAAGAAACUACGGAAGCUAGAGGAGAAACAGGCGCGAAAAGCCCAGCGUGAGGCAGAGGAGGCUGAGCGUGAGGAGCGGAAACGCCUCGAGUCCCAGCGGGAGGCAGAGUGGAAGAAAGAGGAGGAGCGGCUUCGCCUGGAGGAGGAACAAAAGGAGGAGGAAGAGAGGAAAGCCCGGGAGGAGCAGGCCCAGCGGGAGCACGAGGAGUACCUGAAACUGAAGGAAGCCUUCGUGGUGGAGGAGGAAGGUGUGGGCGAGACCAUGACUGAGGAACAGUCCCACAGCUUCCUGACUGAGUUCAUCAACUACAUUAAGCAGUCCAAGGUUGUGCUCUUGGAAGACCUGGCUUCCCAGGUGGGCCUGAGGACUCAGGAUACCAUAAACCGCAUCCAGGACCUGCUGGCUGAAGGAACUCUGACAGGUGUGAUUGACGACCGGGGCAAGUUCAUCUACAUAACCCCCGAGGAACUGGCUGCCGUGGCUAACUUCAUCCGACAGCGGGGCCGGGUGUCCAUCACUGAGCUUGCCCAGGCCAGCAACUCCCUCAUCGCCUGGGGCCAGGAGCCCCCUGUCCAGUCCCCAGCCUGACCUAGCUCUUGCCUUUUGGACUGGGAGCUAGCACAGCCUACCUGGCUGUACAACUUGAACCCUCCCCUCCACCCUCGGGGAGAGAUGGAAUGUGGCCAGGCAGUUAUAGAUUAAAGGCCUGUGAGCACUGCUGAGCUUGGUGUGGCUUGGUGUGACAGAAGGCCUGGCCUGGGAUCGCAGGUGAGCAAGUGAAGUCUAGUCCUCAGAACAAAUCUUGGGGGUGAAUGGGAGGAGACUGUGGAGGCAGAUGAAAGUUCCAUUCUUACCAUGCAUUCAUUUGUUGAAACAGAAUAUUGAGCAUUUAUUGUGUUCCUUUGUACCCUACAAAGAUGAGGAUUUCUUUCCCUCCCCCGCUUCCCAGAGCAAAAGUGAGCAACAUCUCUCCUAACUGGGGAGGAAGGUCUCACUGUUGGUUAUAUGGAUGGUUUCAGGAGUCCUACAGAGGACUGAGAGCCCUUAAGGAGAAGAGGGAAGUGCCAAGGAUAGAGUCCUAAGGAACAUCAGCCUUUGAGAGGGAGGGAAGGGAGGGACAGAGGCUAGGCAGGUAGAAGGGAGCAAGGAACCUGCUUGAGCUGGAUAGAGUGGUGCAGUGGAGAGAUGCCCUUCCUACAGUCUAUCCCAUGAAUUUAGCUCUCUAUCCUGGACAGAAAGUUUAAACGGUGUGGGUGAUUCCACCCACUGGUGGAUGUAAGGACCAUAUGCUUAGGAGUGGGUGUGAUGGGAGAUGUCUCUCUCCUAUAGGGUCAGUCACUCCGGUUCCCGUGGGCUGUUCGGGGCGUGAGCAUCCUGCUGUGCUGAGGGUGAGGCAUGGGUUUAAAUGUGUAUUUUUUAUGCAAGGUUGCCCCUAAACAUAGACCACCUACUUCUUCUGCCUGGUAGAGGAGGCAGCUUUCUGUUCGCACCCUGGAGGAAAUGGUCUAUGGAGAUGGUGAUGGAGACAGGACAUCAGGCCGUAGGGUAGAGCCUUCCUGAGUGUCAUCAAGGAUGAUUUUGACUCACUUGGUGCCAUAAAUAUUAACUGUAGUGCUUAAAUUCUAAGUGAGGCGUGACUACUGCUUCUGUCAGCUACAGGCACUCGGAGUCACCUGGAGCUAGGAAGGGCCACGUGCAUUGUUUGGAACGCCAUCUGGGAGCCCACAGUCCAGUAGGAGAGGGAAGAAACAGAGAAAGGUACUGGCAGUAUGAGAAAGAAACAUAAAAUUAUAAAGGGAAAAGAAAGCUUACAGUCUGAGUGAUGCUUCUGAGCUCUGGUUGCUCAUUAGAAGCCCCUGGGGAGUUGUCAGCAGUGUCAUGCCAGGCUGCAUCCUGAACCAGUGGAAUCAGAAUCUCUGGGGGUGGGACCCAGGCAGCAUCAGUGGGAGAUUCCAGCGGGCGCCUAGGUUGAGAAGGUGGUGGGGGUGGGGUGGAGAGACAGGCCAUCAAGUUACAAGUAAUUAAAAUCUCCUCUGGAAAGGGCUUCUCCCAGAGCAAGACAGCAGCUCCAGGUCUCCUCCACCCUUUCCCUCCACCCUCAGCCACUGCCAUCCAGGCAGCAGGAGGACUGUAGCAGCUCCAGCUCCUCAUUCCACCCUCCCUCCACAGGCCAGGAGGGAGGAAGAGGCACAUCCCUUUCUCACAUCCUGGAAGCCUUCUAAAACCCCUUAUGUCCCAAGGGCUUAGUGUGGAGGAGAAAACCUAUGACCCUUUGUGCAUUUUUUAGCGAUCAAUCCACUAAUCUAAGAAAUUUAUCAAAUGAGCAGUUCUUGAAAUAGUGAUUAACUUUUUUCUAAGUGCGUAUAAACCGCUUUCACAAUAAAUGGAAACUUUCAGGUUUAA